CUCAUUCAUUUCAUUUAAUCACUUCAAAUCACCCCUCACUUUCUGAUAAUCAUGACGCUCGACUAGAAGUUGCUUGCUUUUCGAUCAUCACCAAAUCUUCAAUGGCAGAGACCAGACGGGUCGCUCUUGGUAAUCAACUCGAUAUCGAGCAAUUGCUUAUAGAAGCUCAACAUCGAUGGCUUCGUCCAGCUGAAAUUUGUGAAAUCCUAAAAAAUUAUAAUAAGUUUCGUAUUGCUCCUGAGCCUCCUAACUUGCCUGCAAGUGGUUCACUAUUUCUUUUUGAUCGGAAGGUGCUUAGAUACUUUAGAAAAGAUGGCCAUAACUGGAGGAAGAAAAAGGAUGGGAAGACAGUAAAGGAGGCUCAUGAGAGGCUCAAGGCGGGAAGUAUUGAUGUGUUGCAUUGCUAUUAUGCCCAUGGAGAAGAAAAUGAAAGUUUCCAAAGACGCAGUUACUGGAUGCUGGAAGAGGAACUCUCACAUAUAGUUCUUGUCCACUAUCGAGAAGUAAAGGGAAAUAGGACAAAUUAUAACCGCAUUAAAGUGACUGAAGAAACUACUCCUUAUUCCCAAGAAAUUGAAGAAACUAUACCCAGUUCUGAGAUAGAAGGUUCUAUGUCUUCCAGUUUCCAUCCCAACAAUUACCAUUUACCUUCACAAACUACAGAUACGACAAGCCUGACCAGUGCUCAGGCAUCAGAAUAUGAGGAUGCUGAAUCAGUGUAUAAUAACCAAGCAAGUUCCAGAUUCCAUUCUUCUCUUGACUUACAGCACCCUGUAAUUGAGAAUAUAGAUGCUGGAUUCUCAGAUCCUUAUUACCCUGCACCAUUUACAAAUGAUUACCAAGGAAAGUUCUCAGAUGUUCCGGGGACAGAUUUUAGUUCACUUAUUCAAGCAGAUAAAAGUAAGGACAGUAGUGAUGCUGGAUUAACAUAUGACCUCCGGAAAAACCUUGACUUCCAGUCAUGGGAGGAUGUCUUGGAAAAUUGUCCUUCUAGUGUUGGAUCAUUGCCUUUUCCCCCACCAUUUUCAUCAAGUCAACCUGACACCGUGGGAAACAUUCCUAAACAAGAGCAUGAAUUACUGGGACAGCUUCUUACCAAAAAUUGGAGCUUUGGUGAACGGCAUGAGUUUGGGAGUCACCUACCGGCCCAGGAUUGGCAGACAUCUGAGAAUGAUUCUUCACUUUCAUCCAAGUGGCCCAUGGAUCAGAAGUUGGCUUCAGACUCAGCACAUAAUAGUACAUCAAGGUCUCAUGAGCAAGAUAAUGAGAAUGAUCACCAAAUAGAGCUGUCAAACACUGAUCGUGAACAUCUUCUGCAAUCAGAUCCAGAGAGUAAUUCAACCAUACAGGGGAAAUCCCUCUUUUCCUCUUCUUUAAAACAGCAUUUGUUUGAUGGUUCUCUAAAUGAGGAAGGUCUGAAGAAGACUGAUAGUUUCAAUCGCUGGAUGAGUAAAGAACUUGGAGAUGUAAAAGAGGUGCAUAUGCAGUCCAGUUCUGAGGCUUACUGGGACACAAUUGAAAAUGAAAAUGGAGUUGAGGAUUCCAGUAUUCCCCCUCAAGUACGCUUGGAUACCUAUAUGCUGGGUCCUUCCGUCUCCCAAGACCAGCUGUACAGUAUUAUCGAUUUUUCACCCAACUGGGCAUAUGUGGGUUCACAAAUCAAGGUCCUGAUCACGGGAAGAUUCUUGAUGAGUCAACAGGAGGCAGAAAAUAAUAAUUGGUCAUGUAUGUUUGGGGAAGUGGAAGUUCCAGCAGAAAUUUUAGCUGGUGGUGUACUUCGAUGCCACACUCCUGCACAGAAGGCAGGGAGGGUUCCAUUUUAUGUUACAUGUUCUAAUAGGUUAGCAUGUAGUGAACUGCGAGAAUUUGAAUAUCGAGAAAGCAAUGUCCAUGAUGUGGAUCUUGCUGAUAAUAGUGGUAACAUCACAAGUGAAAGUCUCCAUAUGCGAUUUGGAAAGUUAUUGUGUCUAAAUUCCAUCAGUACUCCAAAUUAUGAUCCUAGCAAACUAAAUGAAUUAUCUGAAUUGAGCAGUAAAAUUAGUUCAUUGCUGAAAGAGGACAAUGAUGAUUGGGACGAGAUGUUAAAACUUACUUCAGAGGAGAAAUUUUCAUUAGAAAAGGCUAAAGAGAAGCUUCUGCAGAAGCUUCUGAAGGAAAAGUUGCAUGUAUGGCUCUUGCAGAAGGUAGCUGAAGGUGGAAAAGGCCCUAGUGUUUUAGAUCAAGAUGGCCAAGGUGUGCUACAUUUUGCAGCUGCUCUUGGCUAUGAUUGGGCCCUAGAACCCACAGUUUUUGCAGGUGUAAAUAUCAACUUCCGUGAUGUAAAUGGAUGGACAGCACUUCAUUGGGCGGCAUAUUGUGGCAGAGAGCGUACAGUUGCUUCUCUCAUCUCUCUUGGUGCAGCUGCUGGAGCACUGUCUGAUCCAACUCCCACGUAUCCUUCAGGCCAAACACCUGCCGACUUGGCUUCUGCCAUUGGACACAAAGGAAUUGCCGGUUAUCUUGCAGAAUCUGAUUUAUCUGAUUUGAGUUCCCGCCUUUCAUCUAUUACAAUUGAACAAAAGGAUGGCAAAGCUUCAGAAUUUAGUGGAGCUAAUGCAGUUCGUACAGUUUCUCAUCGAAGUCCUGCUCCUAUGACUGAUGAGGACUUACGAUAUGGAUUGUCAAUGAAGGACUCAUUAGCUGCAGUCUGUAAAGCGACUCAAGCAGCUGCUCGUAUUCAUCAAGUGUUUCGAGUGCAGUCCUUUCAGAAAAAGCAGUUGAAAGAGUAUGGGGAAGAUGCAUUUGGAAUUUCAGAUGAACGUGCUCUUUCACUUGUUGCAGUUAAGUCUCACAAGGCAGGACGUCAUGACGAACCAGUGCAUGCUGCUGCAGUAAGAAUACAAAAUAAAUUUCGUAGUUGGAAGGGUAGGAAAGAUUUCUUGACAAUUCGGCGGCAAAUUGUCAAAAUUCAGGCACAUGUUAGAGGUCACCAGGUAAGGAAAAACUAUAAGAAGAUAAUUUGGUCAGUAGGAAUUGUGGAGAAGAUUAUCUUGCGUUGGAGACGAAAGGGAAGUGGUUUGCGUGGAUUUAAGUCGGAAGCACUUACAGAGAGUUCCAGCAUGAUAGAUACUUCCACGAAGGAGGAUGAUUAUGAUUUUCUGAGAGAAGGCAGAAAGCAGAAAGAAGAAAGGUUGCAAAAGGCACUUGCCAGAGUGAAGUCCAUGGUUCAGUAUCCUGAGGCAAGAGAUCAAUACAGUAGACUGCUGAAUGUUGUCAAUGAGAUCCAAGAAACAAAGGAUAAAGCUCUCAACAAUUCAGAAGUUUCAGCAGAUUUCGACAAUGACCUGAUAGAUAUUGAAGCAUUAUUAGAUGAUGACACUUUCAUGCACACUGCUUGAGUGAGAUAAAAUGUGGGUUCACUCCGUAAUCUUGUAAAAAAAAAAAGAUAGUAU